CACGAAGCAGCUCGGUUCUAUAAACUUCCUUGUCUAUAUCACUGUCAAUACAAAGAAACGAUUAGACUUUGGCGGCGUAGUUAGGAGUAUACAAAGGAGACGUACGCUCCGUCUCUUGAUCCUCUUCUUUCACCCUCUUCAUCAUCGCCAACCCAUCCUACCCACACUUCUCUUAUACCUCAAGUCCUUUCUGUAGAAGCGCUUAUCACCUCUGUUAUCACAAGAUGUCUUCUCAACCCACCAUCAAGGAUUUGCUCCCCAAGCUCAUCGCCACCCUCAACAAGAUCGAUGCUACCACCAAAAGUACCGAUGACACCAUUAGCACACUGAGAGAUUCCGUCGACGAACUUGAACGCACCGCCAGGGAUCUAGAGUCCACCAACAACAUGAUACACGAGUCGCUCACCAGACAAGAGCGCAAUAUCAACAGAAUCGAGUCGAGACUGCGCCGUAUUGAAGACGAGCUGCAGAAGAAGCACACACAACAAGAGGCAGAACGUCGCCUUAAAAGGGUGCAGGAGAGCAAGGACAGAGAGGAGAGAGGAGAGAGGCACAGAGCGGCAUCAAGGGCGUUAACGACAAGUAUAUCAGAGAGGAGGCAACAGGAUAUCAUGGAGCAAGCAAAGAAAACAUUUGCCGAAAAACCAUGGUCGGAUCAUUUUGGGACCAAUUGAGAAGUUUCAGGCUUGGAGAAAAAGAAAGGUCAUCUUAUCAUAAGCUAUAAGAGAAGGGUUAAUUAAUCUCUUCCACGAAUCCAAUCUGCCUCCUGGCAUCUGCUCCCCCUCCAGGUCCUGAAGCAAGUCUCU